UUUCAGUCUUUUCUAGGCCUUUCGUUUUGACUCAUCACUAUUUCUCUUCUAAAUUUUUAUUUUCCAGCUGAAUCAGUCAGGAUGAGGCAUACCCAGAAGCUGCUGACUAAGAUGUGGCGUCCAUUGGACGGGGGACUUAAAAUGAAAGGCCGCUCCUUCAACCAACAAAACUUCAGCCCAAAGAUUCCCGACGAGGCGGGUAAGCGCCCAACGCACUUUCAGUCCAUGCGCGAAUUCUUUAUGCAUCCGCUGACCUGGGAUCGCAACAACGGCUACUUCAAUGUGGUGCUGGCCCUGUCCAUUUUUGGCUUCUGCUUCUUCAACUCGUGCGCCCCGUGCGAGCAGCAAAGGAGCGGCCUCGAGGAGCGCACAACCCGCCCACAGUGAAUCCGAGGAUAAGCCCCUGUUGCGUGAAAAUUGGCU